AGUGGAUCAAGAGGAGACUCGGAGCAGAGGGACGUGUGAAGAAGCUGCAUUUGCUUCUCAGCCUUGGACCAGUACCAGGGAAUUGGACAUGGAUGGAGACAUCAAAAGAGAAAGAUGGAGAAGUGGAAUGGAAGCGCUCACGUUGAACAGCUCCUUGAUUCUCAUGGCCUACAUCUUAAUCUUCCUCACGGGUCUCCCCGCCAACCUCGUGGCCCUGCGCGCCUUCGUGGGCCGGGUGCGCCAGCCCCAGCCCGCCCCCAUCCACAUCCUGCUGCUCAGCCUGACGCUGGCCGACCUCCUGCUGCUGGUGCUGCUGCCCUUCAAGAUGGUCGAGGCCGCGGCGAACUUCCACUGGUACCUGCCCAACAUCGUGUGCGCGCUCACGGGUUUUGGCUUCUACAGCAGCAUCUACUGCAGCACGUGGCUCCUGGCGGGCAUCAGCAUCGAGCGCUACCUGGGGGUCGCCUUCCCGGUGCGGUACAAGCUGUCCCGCCGGCCGGUGUACGGGGUGAUCGCCGCCCUGAUCGCCUGGGUCAUGUCCUUCGGCCACUGCAGCAUCGUGAUCAUCGUCCAGUACCUGAAACCGAACAACUCGUCCGAGAACACAACCCAGCCCGCCGACGCCUGCUACGAUGACUUCAGCAAAGGGCAGCUGCGCGUGGUGCUUCCGGUGCGGCUGGAGCUGUGCCUCGUCCUGUUCUUCAUCCCCAUGACCGUCACCAUCUUCUGCUACUGGCGCUUUGUCUGGAUCAUGCUCACGCAGCCCCAGGUGGGGGCCCACAGGCGUCGCCGAGCGGUGGGGCUGGCCGUCGUGACGCUCCUCAAUUUCCUGGUGUGCUUCGGGCCUUACAACGUGUCCCACCUGGUGGGGUAUUUCACCAAGCAGAGCCCCAAAUGGCGGUCAGUGGCCGUGGUGCUCAGCUCCCUCAACGCCAGCCUGGAUCCUGUGCUCUUCUAUUUCUCCUCCUCGGCGGUGCGCAGAGCCGUCGGGAAAGGGCUGCAGGCGCUGAGGCAUCGGAGCGCCUCCCUGAUGGGACGCAGAGGCAAAGACCCAGGAGAGGAGGCCAAUGGGGACAGAGGCGUGAGUCAAGCAGAGGGGGUCCCCAGCUCUGAUUUCGCCACGGACUAGGGGUGCCCUGGUUUCCCGAAGCACUCUGAGCUCUGCGGCGUGGAGCAGCGGGGAUAGGACGAGCUGAAGUGUCCAGUCUGGGGUCCCUGGCCCCCCUCCGCUGCUGGGGCUGGGAAGAGCACCCCUCACUGCUUGGUGUCCCUUCCUGACUGAACUUGCCUUCCCAAGGGAGCACCGCCCCUGACUAAGAAGAAAUGAUUAGGCGCGGAAGCAGUACCAGAUCUGGGUUGCGGGAGGGAUGUAGCUAGUCUGAACGCAGUCGUGGGGACCGGCUGGCGGCUGGGGACGAUCGCACCGAGGCCGAGUCCAGAGGGGACCUUGACACAAGCUUUGAGAUGACACCUAGACGCUGGUCUAGCUGUUGGUGCUGGAAGACGCCAGCAGAAAGGGACGGAAGAGAAAUGCUACGUGACGUCAGCGAGAUGAGGGGAGAUGCCACGGGGAACAGGAGCCGGGCCACGCCUCAGACCCCUUGUGAUGGAAGUCUGCACGCGUGGACUUACCUGGUGCUUUGUGAGUGUGCACCAGGCAUUUGUGUGUGUGUGUGUGUGUGUGUGUGUGUGUGUGCAAUCACUCCCCACUGAACGGGCAGCUGCCUGAGGUCUGGGUCUUGUCUCCUCCCCCUCACGGCCUCCCACACCGGCCAAAAACAGCCGGACACUAUCCAUCAGAGGUCAAUGCUGACUCAGCACAGGAAAAGAAAGCCUGGUCUGGCAGAUUGAAAAUAAAGAUUCUAUAACUCU